AUGCACCCUUACCCCACCGUAUUGAGCAUGUUGGUGCUGCUAGCCAGCACCAUUGCAUCACCACACGAUGAAAACGAGGCUUCCCCUACCCUAAAGACUACCAAAAUUACCACGACUGUAGUAGUUACUGUCACUCAGACUUCCGACACAACAGUCCAAUCUCCUGUUCUCUCGACAGACUCUCAUUACUCCGAUACGACGAGGUAUACAUCUGGGUAUGCCACUCCGCCGCGUCCGGACUCUGUGCCUCCUCCGCCUACGGGUACUGAGGAUCCUGAAGAUGCUGUUCCGUCCAGUACCCGAACCUACGCGGCGCCAACUCUGAUAUGCUUGACACCAACCGAGGAGUGUAUUAUCGACGGGAUUGCGAUAUGGCCUUCGGGGACGACAUCGAUAAGCGUGCCAGGGUGGUCUUUUAACCCACUACCAACGUCUAUGAGUUCAAGAAUAUCCUCAAAUUCGAGCAUCUUAUCAUCGACCGCGGCCAGCUCGUGGAACCGAACGAGUCCAUCGACAAGCACAACAUGUCCACAUUCCAUGUCGCACUUUGUGCCUGGAAAACCGACCUCUCCUCCACCAUCUAACCUAAGCAUAUCAACAACAACCCUCACCACAAGUCAAUCCGUAUCUCAGAAGAACCAAAUGUCUAUCCUACCCAUCGACCUCGGGACUCCCCAACCUGCACUUACAAACCCUACCGCCAGCAAAGAUGCUGUUAACGUGCAAGACGUUGCAGUCAGCGCAACACCCCAUUUCUAUGACAACACCGGAGACCCCCCUGCAACGUCGACUUUCAGGACUGAAGUUCUCGACCCUGUGGGCUGGGCGGGCGUGGACGAUGGACGGAAGUAUACAAAGACCCGCCGCGGUCUCGAACGACAAGAGAACAAAGCUACUAAGCGCCGCAAGACCUUUUGGCCCCGCUUCUUUGUCGCUGCCGCUGCUGCUGCCUAA